GGUCUCUUCAGCCGCUCCUCCCGCCCGAGCCGACCCGAGCCGCCCGAGCUGCUGCCACCUCGGAAGAGCCGGCCGGGAGCGAGAGUCCAGAGCGCGUCCGCGAGCCGCCGCCGCCAUGGGGAGCCGCGUUUCGCGGGAGGACUUCGAGUGGGUCUAUACCGACCAGCCCCACGCCGAUCGGCGCCGGGAGAUCCUAGCAAAGUAUCCAGAGAUAAAAUCCUUGAUGAAGCCCGAUCACAACCUGGUAUGGAUUGUAAUCAUGAUGCUUCUCACCCAGCUGCUGUCGUUUUACCUAGUGAAGGACUUGGACUGGAAGUGGGUCAUAUUUUGGGCCUACGUCUUCGGCAGCUGUAUUAACCACUCAAUGACUCUGGCUAUUCAUGAGAUUUCCCACAAUAUCGCCUUUGGCAACUACAAAGCCUUGCGGAACCGCUGGUUUGGAAUGCUUGCUAACCUGCCUAUCGGAGUCCCCUACUCCGUCUCCUUUAAGAGGUACCACAUGGACCAUCAUCGCUACCUGGGAGCCGACGGCAUUGAUGUGGACAUCCCCACCGACUUUGAGGGCUGGUUCUUCUGUACCACUUUGAGGAAGUUGUUCUGGGUUAUUCUUCAGCCCCUCUUUUAUGCUUUCCGGCCCCUUUUCAUCAAUCCCAAACCAAUUUCGUAUCUGGAAAUCAUCAAUACUGUCAUCCAGAUCACUUUUGACAUUCUCAUUUACUACUUUUUGGGAAUUAAGUCACUAGUGUACAUGUUGGCAGCGUCCCUACUCGGCCUGGGCUUACACCCAAUUUCUGGACAUUUUAUAGCUGAACAUUAUAUGUUCUUAAAGGGAUAUGAAACUUACUCGUAUUACGGGCCUCUGAAUUUACUUACCUUCAACGUGGGUUAUCAUAACGAGCAUCAUGACUUCCCCAACAUCCCUGGAAAAAAUCUUCCACUGGUGAGGAAAAUAGCAGCUGAGUACUAUGACAACCUGCCCCACUACAAUUCUUGGAUAAAAGUACUGUAUGACUUUGUAACGGAUGAUACAAUAAGUCCCUACUCAAGAGUGAAGAGACAUCCAGAUGGGCAGGAGAAGUUGGAAUGAGAGCUGCGCAGCCAGAGCGCUUCCUCCCGGAACCUCGGGGAGGCCCGAGGAAUGCCAUUGCACACUGCUGCGCCCGAGCGCGGGCGGAG